AUGAUAGCAAGAACAGAAGAAAAAAGCGAACCGCUUUACCCUGCCUACCUCCCUCAUUAUGACCCCCUCGAAAAGGUUGAAGAGGUCGGCAGGUUUGAGCAUGAUGAUCCAGGCCACCGGGCUGAUCCUUUGAAACCUAAUCUACUCAAGCAUGCUACCAAAGUCUUUGAUUUGAGUCCACACUGCGGUACAGAAAUCCAUGGCGUGCAAAUUUCAAAAUUGUCCAGUGAAGGACUUGAUGAAAUUGCACUUUUAUGCGCCGAAAGGGGUUGUCUGGUGUUCCGCGAUCAGGACUACAUCGAUAUUGGCUUUGAGGAGCAACGACGGAUCGCCUCUCACUUUGGCCCGCUUCACAAACACGGGUGGAUGCCACACCCCAAGGACGGACCCCCCGAGUUCGUCAUUGUGUACGACUCCAAGGAGGACCUGCGCAUCCGCAAGUCGUGGAGCCGCAAGUCGCCCAUUCAGUUCCACGUGGACCAGUCCCCCGAGGCGCAGCCCCCGGGGCUGACCUUUUUCGCCAUGCUCGAGUCCCCCUCGGUGGCCGGCGGCGACACCAUCAUCUCCAGCUCGGUCCGGGCCUUUGAGCGCCUGUCGCCGUCGUUUCGCAAGCGCCUCGAGGGCCUUAAUGCCGUGCACACGACGGCCAACCCCAUCAUGCGCGAGCUGCGCGAUAACGGAAACCAGGCCGUCCUGCGACGCCCCAUUACCAAGUCCAUACACCCGGUUGUGACGGUCCACCCCGUGACCAAGCAAAAGGCCUUGUUUGUCAACUCGUCAUACACUCAAAGCAUUGUCGGUUGGGAUGAGGAGGAAUCAGACUACAUGCUCAAGUUCCUCUUUGACCACAUCAACAGAGGCCAAGAUUUCUGCUGCCGAGUGCGAUACGAGGCCGGCACCGUUGUGCUCUGGGACCAGCGCGUCACGCAGCACUCGCAGACGCUCGACUAUGCCGCGGGAGACCGCCGCCACGCCUUUAGGCUGACGCCCCUGGCCAACACGCCCAUCCCGAGCAAGAUUGAAGAGGACGAUGGCGAGUGCCAAAAGGAUGAGGCGCGGGUUUUACUGAAUCUUUGUUGA